UGAAACUACCGUGCAAAAGGUACAUAAACAUGGUUUUUAAAACAAGUUUCUAUUGUUCUUUCAAUAAAAAGUAGGUAUUAAUGUAUAUAGUUAAUGUACCUAAUUAACAGUUAAUCAGCUUAAAACAGCAAUUUCGAGAUUAGCUAAUUGGUCGCCACAUAACCUCGAAAUGUUUUCUGCAUUCAAACGUUAAAGGUCAAUGAAACAUCAAACAAAAUUUUUCGUAUGGUGUUGAAAGAUUUAUUUGAUAAAUGCUUAAAUAGCCGCAUUUUAAAUUUAGGUGUAUCGUUACUUAAACAAUUAGUGAACAGCAUCGGACGUGACAAGAUGACACGAAACUUGGCAGUAUUUGAUUUUGAUCAUACAAUUGUAAACGAUAAUUCUGACACUGCUGUUAUGAAAUUAGUGGAUAAUAAAAUUCCGAAAGAAAUCAAAAUGUUGCACAGGUCCGAUGGCUGGACGGCUUAUAUGCAGGGUGUCUUCAAAACCUUACAUGAAAAUAACGUACAGGAGGAUGCUAUAAAUAAUCUAAUAAGAAAUUUACCUGCAGUGCAGGGAAUGCCAGAGUUGAUCAAAGAGAUAAAUGAAAACUUAAAUUUUGACGUAAUUAUUAUUAGCGACUCAAAUCAUCACUUUAUCGAUUUAUGGUUGGAGGAAAAUAAUUUAAAGAGCAACAUAUUGAAAGUGUUUUCAAAUCCGGCAAAAUUUGAGGAUGGAUUGUUAAAAAUCAGGAUGUACCAUUUGCAGGACCACUGCAAACUUAGCACAAAAAAUUUGUGUAAGGGUCAAAUAAUGGAAGAUUUUGUAGCUGACCAAAGACUAAAUGACUUAAUUUAUGACAUGAUUGUUUAUAUCGGUGACGGAAUUAACGAUUUUUGCCCUAUUUUAAGGCUAAGAGGCAACGAUUUGGCCUGUGUAAGGGAUAAGUAUAAAUGUGUGGAUUUAGUGAAGAAAUCUAAAGAUGGCAGGUAUGUCGAUGAUGAUGGAAUAUCUAGGACCGUGAAAUCUAACGUGUGUAUAUGGCAAAAUGGGUACGAUAUCAUAGAUUUCAUAAAGCAGCAAAAUGGUCAGUGCAAGAAAGUUCAAGUCCUGUAAACACUUAUUUACGUGCAGUUUUUUGUAUUUAGCAGUCAUGUACACAACGGUAAAGGAGAAUUAUGUGAUAACAGUAUUUUAUAAUGUAAAUAAAUAUUUUAAAUGCUUUUAUACUUACAAAUAUUUAAUGUGAUAAUCAAAUUAAUUGUUCUUAAUCCACAACUAAAUA